AUGGACGCUGGCUCGGCCGGGCUGCUCGCCACUCUGCUCCUCCUCCUCCUCCUCUCCGUCCUGUGGUUCCUGGUCUGGAGGAGCGACCCGAAGAGGAGCCGGCUGCCUCCUGGCCCAGCUCCGUGGCCCAUCCUGGGCAACCUGUGGCAGAAGGAUGUCCUGCCCCUCUACAGGCACUACGAGAAGCUCAGCAGCACCUACGGCCCCAUCUUCACCGUGUGGCUGGGGCUGAAGCCGGUGGUGGUGCUCUGCGGGUACGAGGCAGUGAAGGACGCCCUGGUGGGACACUCCGAGGAGUUUGGGGGCAGACCCGCCAUCCCCCUGCUGAUGCAGCUCUCCAAAGACUACGGAUUUGUCUCCAACAAUGAGAAGAAGUGGCGGGAGCUGCGGAGGUUCACACUCAGCACCCUGCGGGACUUCGGGAUGGGCAAGAGCUCCAUGUCCCAGAAGGUGCAGCAGGAGGCUCAGCACCUGGUGGAGCUGCUGGCAAAGCUCCAAGGCAAUGCCUUUGAGCCCAUGACCAUGUUCAGACACGCCGUGUCCAACGUGAUCUGCUCCGUGGUCUUCGGCAGCCGCUACAGCUACAGCGACGCGGCUUUCCUGGAGCUGCUCAACGCCAUCGGCAACUACAUCAGCUUCUUCCUGUCCCCCGUGGCCAAGGUGUACAACACCUUUCCCAGCAUCAUGGACCGGCUCCCGGGGCCCCACAAAAAGGUCCUGGCCGACUGCCAGAAGCUGAAGGACCACAUCCAGGAGAAGGUGCAGUUCCACCAGCUGACCCUGGACUCCAGCUGCCCCCGGGACUACAUCGACUGUUUCCUGAUAAGAGCAGAGAAGGAGAAGGGCAGCCCGGAGACCAUGUACAGCCACGAAGACCUGAUCAUGUCAGUGUUCAACCUCUUUGGUGCUGGGACGGUGACAACCAGCAACACCCUGGUGUUCUUCCUGCUGAUGCUGGCAAAGCACCCCCACAUCCAAGCCAAGGUCCAGGAGGAGAUCGAUGCCGUGGUGGGCACUGGCCGUGCCCCCAGCACGGAGGACAAGCUGCGGAUGCCCUACACCAACGCCGUGAUCCACGAGCUGCAGCGCUUCCACAAGACCCGCAUCGAGAACUUCCCGCGCAUGACGACGCAGGACGUCCUGUUCAGGGGCUACUCCAUCCCCAAGGGCACUCCUGUUAUUCCGGUACUUUCCUCUGUGCACUCGGAUCCAACCCAGUGGGAGAACCCCAAAGAAGUGGACCCCACACAUUUUUUGGAUGAGAAGGGCGAGUUCAGGAAGCGCGAGGCCUUCAUGGCAUUCUCAGCAGGGAAGCGGAUGUGCCCGGGGGAGGCUCUGGCCCGCAUCGAGCUCUUCCUGUUCCUCACCACGCUGCUGCAGAGCUUCACCUUCCAGCUGGCCACGGAGCACAGGGAGCUGGAUUUGUUCUCCCUGUGGCUCGAGAUUGAGAGGAGGGCAAUCCCGGGCAAGUUCUUCGCUCUCCCACGCCCGGUGUCCUCCUAA